CAGGCGAGUUUAAUUAAAAAAAAAAAAGCGACAAAUAAAUUUCAACCCUUGUCGUCGUCGUAUCUCUUUUCCGGCGGCGCAAUCACGCACUCCGGCGAGUCCGAUGGAGAGAGGGAAAAACAUGGAAUCGCUCCCAACUGAUCUGAUUCUCGAGAUUUUCACGAGAUUGCCGUCAAAGUACGUGGCUAAGUUUCGUACCCUGUCGAAGCAUUGGGCGUCUACGCUACGGAGUUCGGAUUUCAAGAAACUGUUCCUGGCCAGAUCCUCGGCUCGUCCUCGUCUCUUGUUCGGAGUCGAACGAUAUCAACAUAACGAGUGGUUCUUCUUCUCGUCGCGUCAGCCACAGAACCGCCGAUAUGAGAAGUCGCUUCUUUUAGAUUACCAUACCAAGGUCACAGGAGACGUUAGCAGUUUCGUUUGUAGCUAUGCCUCAGGUUUGAUCUAUUUCCCUUUUGUGCGGAUCAUUGAGAAGGACACUCCUUUGAUUUGUAACCCUAUCACCGGAAUGUAUGAGGGAUAUGAAGUUAUGAAGUACAGCAGGUCUCAUGGCUUUUUAGGGUUUGAUCCCAUUGAUGAGCAAUUCAAGGUUUUGGAUCAAGAUAGCAUUCUAACAAUAGGAUCUGGAGAAGUUAAUUGGAGGACUAAGGAUAUCUCUUUUGAUGGGUGUUAUGAUCGUUGUUCCAUUGCAGGGAUAUGCAUCAAUGGGGUUUUGUUUUACUUAGCUAUUACAUAUGGUCCACGAUCUUUUGUGUUAGUUCGCUUUGAUGUUAGGUCUGAGGAGUUCAAUUUUAUCGACGCAGCAUGCUUUAAUGAUCAUCUAAAGCAUCUUAGUGGAUUGAGUCUGGUCAACUCUAAGGGUAAAUUAGGUGUGGUUAAUUGCAAUUUUGCUGACGCUGGUGGAAGACGUACCGUUGAGCUGUGUAUGUCGGUUCUAGAGGAUGUCGAGACACAAGAAUGGGUGAAAUAUGUCUACACUCUCCCGCAGAAUGAAGUCCUUGAAUCCUGCGAAUUUAAAGUUGCUGGAGUGGCGGCAGCUACAGGUGAUUUUGUUUUGUGUAUGAAAUAUACAUGUAAUCCCUACUUUGUGUUCUACUUCAACCCUGAAAAGAACACUCUCCAAAGUGUUGAAAUCCAUGGUUUUGGAGCUGAGCUUGAAGCGGUUGAGGAUCGUGGUGAAGUUUAUGCCUUUGUAGACCAUGUCGAGGAUCUUAGUGUUAGCGAUGCACUGCAACUCAAGUCAAGCAUUUCUCAUAUCAAGACUCUCUGCGCCUGCUGUAAAAAGGUUGUGCAGCGUGACAACAUCGAGGAAGAGGUAUGAUGUAUGGUGAUGGGAUGAGUAGGGAGAAGAAAUGAAAGAGACAUCAUUGAAGAUGAAAGUCAGAAGAAGAAGAGAAGAGUAUAAAAGAGUAAACAAUGAGACAAGGAGUAGGUAAAAAGCAAUAAGGCAUGCCAUCUAUGUGUUAAUGUUCUCUAGUUAAUAGUUAUAGACGUUUGUUUGGUAAGACUGUGAAUCAAUCUAGCUUUGGUAAUUCGUAUGUACCUUUUGACUAUUUUUGGUAUAUCUAGUUGUCUUUUAUAUAAUUCCAUCUUCUUCAGUUCUAAA